UGGGUCCUUUUGGGUAAAUCGACGCAUCAAUUGGCGAGUAGAUAGCGUCCCUUUUUUCCCGCCACAAUAUUCAGCGAACGAAAUCAACUCUCAAGAUGUCAGCACCGAAAAAGUUAAAGCUAGAAGAGGAUAAAACAACUGUAUCGGGUUUCGUGCAAAACGUUUCUCCUAUUCGCACAAGUAGGACGAAUUCUCGGUACUUCAAUGCAGUUGUUCAAACCAAAAGGAAUGAGUUCAACAGAAUCGCCUGUUUCGAUGUUUCAAAACAUUCCGUUCUUACGGAUGCUAGUCGAGCACAAACUCCCCUUAAAUUGUCGGAUGUACAACUUGUUCCCAGCAGGAUUGACGCCUCAAAAUCUGAAGUUUUGUUAAACUACAAAACCAAGAUAGAAGUUUGUAGAACUCUUGACUUUAACUACAAAAAAUCUCCAGAGGAGGAUGACAAUACGGGGGAAAAAGUCAAAACCCUUGCAGAGGUCCAAGCCACCCCGGAAUUCAAUAAGGUUGCUGUAGAGGUCAGAGUCUUAUCAGUGUCUCAAGAAAACGUACAAGUAGUGAGGGAAUUGCCCAUAAGACGCCAAGAAAUUACAGUUGCUGAUUCUACCGCUGCAAUGAAGCUCACCAUUUGGGAAGAUUUGGUAUCCAAACUAGAAGUUGACAAAAGCUACAAGAUCCUUCACUUAUCCACAAGACUCUUCCAAAAUGCAAAAUCAAUGACCUCUACAAAACAGACGACCAUUUCACAGAUUCCUGACAUCAUCAACUGUGCGCCAGCGAUAGACUCUGAUGAAAUCACAAGGGAAGGCAAAAUCACCCAAGCAGGACUUGCACUUAGUUACCUGUGCGACAAUUGUAAAUCAAAGGUUGAUUUCAGUAAUGAAAAGUUUGUCAGAUGCCAGUCUUGCAAACUAAAAAUGACCAAAGAGUCUUUGCACAGGUCCAUCAGCGGAACCUUGUGUUUCUCGUCUGGAUAUGAAAAAUACAAACUCACUAUUUUUUCUUCAGUCUUGUUAACAUUAGCAACGACAAACAAUCUAGAUUCAGAUGACAAUGAGGUACUUGAAGAAUAUUUGCUGUCAAAUUCGUUCAAAAUCUCUUUCUCACAAGACAACAAAACUGUGUUAGACAUCAAACUUUUGGUUCCAAACACAUGAAUCAAAAUGCUGAUUUUGUUUUGCACAGUUUAGCUAGAACUUUUGCAUUUUCAUAUGAUUCAUGUUCCUUUUUAACAUUACUUUGUUGUCAAUAUUUGUCCAACAUCUUCAUACAUGCUCUAAAAUUUGAUCCAGAUGAUAUUCGAACAGGACAACAGAACUUUAUUUUGCAUACUAUUGCUUUAACUGCAUUUUAGUAUUAUUCAUGUCAAAUUAUGACAUAACUCUGUUGUUCCCUAUAUAUCCAACAACUUCAUAUUUGCUGUCAAAUUCACUCAAUUUAUCAUUUAUGCAGGAUAGCAAAACUUGGACAUCAAACUAUUGAUAUAGAAUCUGUAACUCAAAUUGCUUCAUUUGUUUUCAUUAUACUACUAGAACUGUACAUUUUCGUAUUAUUCAUGUGAAAUUGUUUUUAUAUUUCUUUUUUUUUUCCUUAUCUGUAAUUACAGGCAAUUAUUUUUAUGUUUCAUAACUCAUAAUUAAGUGUUCAUUUUUUUUGUUCCUUAUUACACAUCACAUCUGUUCUUUUGUUUUUUAUUUGUCAGGUAACAUUUUUGUUCUUUUG